AUGUCGGACUCAUCUGUCAAUGGCGACCUACUUGCUCCGGCCAGACCCUCGAGCUCUCCCAACUCGAAGCGGAAAGCCAGCGACGCCGGCCUACCAGCCACUGGCACCAGGAUCCACAAGAGUGUCAAGAGACGUGCUUCGAAGGCCUGUCAGUCCUGCAGAGCUCGCAAAGUACGCUGCAAUGUGGUCGAGCAGAGUCCUUGUACCAAUUGUAGACUCGAUGAAGUCGAGUGUAUAGUCUCCGAGAGCAAGCGCAAGAAGUUAGUGCCAUGUAUGGAUUAUCUUCCCAAACCACCCUUGCUAAUUGAUCGUGUGAAGGNNAAAUGGACAAAGGCAGACGAAGAAGGACAUGCUGCAGGAGACUGUUCUCCGCCUGUUCCUGCCUCGAUACAACAUCCCAAUAUCAGCUUCCAUGACUCACCAGGGCACCUACCCCAUUCGCUUNUGUUCGUAGCUUUCAAAUCGAAAUUCUUUUACAAACAGCUGAUUCUCUAUCCAGAUCAGGAUCUAGAUCCUCAAUCGUUUGACCCUGCUCGCCGUCAGAGCCUGGCAAGAUCGAUCUCCAUACCUCACGAUCCGACAGAUAGUAUUUCUCUAUCCGGGGUUGAUCCCAAUUCUCUAUUCGGCCUGCAAACUCGUUCUCCACCGCCUCCCCAUCACGCACUCCCGGCCUUCAUUAGAGCUUUUCCCUCGACCUUUGGUCCGGAAGAUAUCUCAUAUCUGGCAAAGAAGGGUGCCCUCACAUUACCACCACCCGCUUUGCGCGCCGCUCUAUUACGAUGCUUCGUAGAGAACAUCCAUCCAUACAUGCCGCUACUGGACAUCCAUGAACUCAUCCACACUGUGGACAACAAUGAUUCCUCCUCGGCAGUUAGUCUCUUGCUAUUCCAGGCUAUCAUGUUCGCAGGCGUGGCUUCCGUAGACAUGGCAUAUCUACAAACUGCCGGAUACACCAACAGAAGAGUCGCUAGACGCGAUUUUUUCCAAAAAACUAGACUUCUAUACGAUUUUGAUUAUGAAGCUGAUCGGAUCUCUCUUAUCCAAUCUCUGCUUCUCAUGACUUUCUGGUACGAAACACCAGAUGAUCAGAAAGACAGCCACCACUGGAUGGGUAUCGCAGUAUCUCUUUCACACACUAUUGGUCUACACCGCAACCCAGAACGCUCCAGUAUGAUCCCCAAGCAAAGACGUCUAUGGAAACGUAUCUGGUGGGCAACAUAUAUGCGCGAUCGCCUCAUCGCCUUGGGAAUGCGCCGACCAACAAGAAUAAAGAACGAAGAUUUCGACGUACCCAUGCUAACGAUAGACGACUUCGAAUUCGCCGUUCUGUCUAGUCAGUCAUCAUGUAUUCCGCCCAGCUGCAAGAUCAUGCAGGAUAUAUCCAUGCAGAGGGAGUUGGCAAUCAUGUGUAUCGAGAAGGCCAAGUUGUGCAUCUGCAUCAGUCAUGUCUUAUCUACGCAAUACUCUGUUUUGCACAACAAUCAUGGUGUGCAGAGUCAAGAGGGAACCACGCGUACCACUAUGAUGCUCGUAGCACGCAAGGACGAUCCAGAAAAGUGCUCUGUCAAGGCAUGCGACGAAGAGCUCAAGCAGUGGAAAGCAUCAAUCGCACCCGAAGCAAAGUACAAGCCCUCGUCAUUGUUCGACCUCACAGCUGGUAAAGGAGCAAUCGCACUUCAUCGCUCACUUUUACAUAUGAUCUAUCUGGCUACGCUCUCGGCUCUGCAUAGACCGCAAGUGCUUCCAUCAACAGCGGCGCCAUCUCGAAAGAUGGCCUCCGAGGUCCUGGAUACCUCGCGAAGGACCGUCCGAUUCGCGGCCAAUCGACUUACUGCGGUUGCUCAGAAUCUAAACGAGCUUGAUCUCAUCCGCUGCUUACCCACCUCUGGUAUCACUGUUCUGUUGCCGGCUAUCAUUAUUCAUCUCCUCGACAUCAAGGCACCCGAUGAGACAACCCGACGUGCCAGUUUGCAAGGGUUCUGCCAAUGCAUGCAGAUUCUCAAUAAGCUCCGCGACAUCUAUGCAGCCGCAGAUUACUCUACUGCGUUCCUGGAAGCAGCGAUUCGCAAAGCAGAAAUUACACUUCCUCCUCCCAAGAUGGGCCCACCACCUCGACCUGCGCAUUUGGCCAACAUGUCCAGCGUAAUGAAGGCAGCAAGAUUGGGACAUGCAAAUGUCAGCCGCCUCACACCACCUCCCGAGCUUGCUGCCAGCACAAACAACGACCUACAAUCGCAAUCUCGUCAACAGCAAGAGAAGGAACCACAAGUCUCGGAAAACGAUUUGGCCCAACACCUGAACGACUUCCUCGCCUCCACACCUCCAGGCUCCGAGCACACGACCGACAGCCAGAUCGACGAAACCACAGCGGCCGCCUUCAACAUCCCCGCUCUAGAUGCCGAUUUCGAUACCCUGAUCAAUCUAGAUGCGGCUGGAGAAUCGUUCACUUUCGACGAUGGCACUUUCCCCACCAUGCCUGCUUUCGACUCGACCGACGGCGGGUUCAUGGACAUGGACUGGAUGAAGCACAUGAACAGUAACGACGAUGUUUCCUUUGGCAUUUGA